UCUACUGCGGUGCUUGAGCUUCGUGUCACAAAUGAGAGCCUUCUGGCGGUGCUGUCCCUUCAGUAAGGAAAUGAGGAGCGAAAUAGUGAGCGCAUUACGGAAGGGCACCACGGAGUGGUACGAGGCUCUUUGCGCUCAGGACACUGAGUCGGAGAGAGGCGAGGACCUGGUCAACCUCAUCACCCUGGUGCAAAUAGACCUGCAGCAAGGUCUCACCUACUAUCACCCGAUCUUCGAAAUGUCAAAUAACGUGCCAUACUUUAACGUUAUCUUCUCGCAUAUCGACAAAAUGGUAUCUGAUGAUGUAAAGCAGUGUGUCGAAAUCUGGAUAUCUGAGGGAUGGUGCGGGGUGGCGGAGGAAGAGGGAUAUGACGAAAACGGUGUCCUGGUUUGCGUGGUGUCCGCGAAGACAUUGCCGUUCGAAGUAUUAGCGGCGGUGAGGGAGCUAUACGCCACGGCUGUACCGACUCCUCCCUCCAGCACCUCGUACGAGCCCCCUCCAAUGAUCGCAGAUGCAUACCAGUGGUUCGAGCCGCUGAUCGAUCGCUGGUUGGCGGUAACCAAGACGAUGGCGUUGCAGAGGGUCCGAGCGGCGGUCGAACUGGAUCGUGCUGUUGAAGGAGAACACAUCGUGAAACACAGCACCUCAUCGGUAGACACCGCUGCUUGCCUAUACCACAUGAGGAUGGUGUGGCGCUCGAUCGGGGGAGCAGAAGAGGGGACACUGGUUGGUAGUGUCCGAUUGUUGGAGGCAGCCUGUGCAACUGCACUGCAUUAUGCUGAUCUGGUACAUGGAGCUCUGGCAGACCAGGGAUAUUAUGAAAACCAUGCGCAAGACAAGACUACGGGGGAGAUCUGCACGAUCGUGAAUAACUUGGAGUACGUGAGGCGCUCCCUGGCUGAGUACGACGACGAACACGUAUACUACUACCGCUUCGGAAACAAAUGGAGCUCUAAGAGAAAAGGAGCGGCGCAAGAAACUCUACCAGAAUUCUUACGAAAGAUGAUUAUAGAUCAAGGUAAUUAUAUUACGAAUGAAGCGGCGUGA